GGUCACGUGCCGCACACGGGGCGGGGCUACGCGUCUCAGCCGGCCAGUAGCAACGCAGCGUCGUUGCAGGUCCCAGCAGCUCCAUGGGAGGAAAAAAAAAACAGAGAGAGGAGACGAAUAACGGUACACUCCAACAUUUAUGGAGCCGAUCCCCGCAUACCACCGCACUGCACCCGCAUCUGCUCCUGUGAUGAGCACGUGAGGAAACGUGCUUGCAGACGGAGGUGCUGAGCGCGUUUAGGGGCUGAACAAAACAGGCGGUCCACCAUUGUCUGCGUGGAAAUAAGAAUGGCCUGGAUGUGGAAGAGGAAGUCCCUGAUCGCGACCAGUCUGAUUGUGGCAGUGUCGCUCUUUGUGGUGGUGGUGAACUAUUCUGAGAAGCCAUCCUUCCUCUUUCAGCCUGUAUUUGGCGAGACGUUGUUCUCCAAGCAGCCAUACAAGCCUUACAAGCCCCACCUGGGAUACGUCAGCAUUCCCAAACAGGAGCCCUUGAAGCUGAACUGCGAACUGUGCAGCAUCGUGUCCAGCUCUGGUCAGAUGUUGGGCCAGGGCACCGGGCCGCAGAUAGAUCGUUCUCCCUGCAUCUGGCGGAUGAACAACGCACCCACACGGGGGUUUGAGAACGAUGUGGGCCGACGCACGACUCUGAGGGUCGUCUCUCAUACCAGAGUUCCCCUGCUGCUGCAGAAGCCCCAGUACUUCUUCGGCCAGGCCAACGACACGGUCUACGUUGUGUGGGGGCCGCUCCGGAACAUGAGGAAAGACGGGAAAGGCAUUGUGUACAACAUGCUGCGGCAGGCGUCGGAAAACUACCCUCAUGCCCGCAUCUUUGUCACCACAGAGGACAGGAUGAACCACUGCGACAUGGUCUUUAAGAAGGAGACUGGAAGAGACAGGAUCCAGUCCGGCUCCUACCUCAGCACGGGCUGGUUCACGCUCAUCCUCGCCAUGGACAUGUGCAAAGAGAUCCAUAUCUACGGCAUGAUAAAUGACACCUAUUGCAAGACAGAGGAUUACAAAAAAGUUCCCUACCAUUAUUACGAGGCGGGCAGCCGAGACGAGUGUGCUGAGUAUCUCCUGCAUGAGAGUGCCCCAUAUGGAGGACACCGUUUCAUCACGGAGAAGUCCGUUUUUGCCAAGUGGGCAAAGUCUCAUGCCAUCAAGUUCUUCAACCCACCGUGGCAGCUGUCGUGACCCUGGCUGAAGCAGCAUGGAAGCAUCAUUAUCAUCAUCAUCAUCAUAACUAUCAUCCACAGAAACAAAAUGAAUCUCUGCAGUUACACUAACCAACACACAGCCAUUUUUGCCCAAAUCCCAGCCCAUAUCUAUUAAUAAAGGUUGUUUUUAAAGUCCUGGUUGGGUACACAUGGAGCCUCAUACAAAAAAAAGAAAAAAAAAUUACAUAAAAGUUUGACCAACGUGAACAGCAAUGACACAUCUCCUGCUUUUUUGAAUUUAAAGCCCUCUCCUGAAUUUUAGAGCUGAGGCCUGCUGCUGUGCACUGACUAAUCGAUCCGCUCGCUGCUCUGUGAGUCUAGCGAAGGAUGGUUUGAACUUUAAAAAAAGGAGAAGAAACAAGCGUCCGUCAACUCGCAGUGACCUUAGUGGCUCAGAUUUCCGUAUUCUCUACACAUCACAGAGGCCGAAUUUACAUUUUCUCUCAAAGCUGUAGCAGAAGAAGCGCUUAGCUGCCGCCGUGGAGGCGAGUGGCAUCAGCUUGGACGUCUGACGAGCUCGUCCACUUUGUUUCCUCUGCGUGUCUGUCUUCUGUCAGGCUGUAAUUAAUCUAUAACGAGUAUCAUUCAGGCCUUCAUCUCUGACUGAGCGAGUGGUGAAGGCAGAUGCUCUGUCAGAUUCAAUUUUGCUCCAUUCUGUUCAAAGACGCUUCAAAACAAGGUCACGAGAAAAAGACAGCACUAGCAGAUUGCAGUCAAACCUGAAGGUAAACCAGAGGUGGAGAUGUAAAUCAGCUUUUUUGCUUCUGUGUGGUCAUACACGCAACUUAAAGGUGUCCUCUUUAUGUUAUUUCUUUCUUUUUAUAAUGCUGUGAAAAUGACGAUUAAGACACAUGUUGCGGUGUUGGCCUGAUGUCCUGAUAGUUUGCUAAUGUAUUCCCGCGGAGAUAAAUUGUUAAUUCUCUUGAACAGUGUGCCAAUCGACAGUGUGAGUAUCACAGCACACAGAACAAUGUGCAAUUAGAAGCUUCGUCUUUACGGAAGGAGUUAAGUCAUUUGUGACCCUGCAGAGAGAGAGAUUUAUAUGUGCAGUGAAACCAUUUGAAGUUAAUUGUAUUCUGUUAUCAUUGUGCCUGCAACAUACUCUGCAGUUCAUCGUAUAGACACAAAGGAAGAUGCUCUCUCUCGUACUCUCAUCCAGCUUUGUGCCUCUAUGUGUAAAGCUUUGCUGCGUGAACGCAUCUUCCCAUUUGUCUCUGGUUGGAGCGUGCGUGUCUCUUGGCUCGGGCCAUUACAUUUGAAUACAUCUGUUCCAGGACGGUGAAGAAUAAUCAGUGAAGUGGUGAGGUGUGUAUGCUGGCUGGUAGCUGUGGAUGUGACCAAGACUGCCUCUCCCGAGGCUGUGAUUAGUGUCCUGGUCAGAGCGGUGGCCCAGAGGGGAGGACUGGACCGACUCAAAGACUUUAAAUACAGACUGCUCGAUGCAAACACUCCCUGGUGAUUGCAGCUGAGAUCCAGAGUCUCAGAAUUGCUGCAAAUCAAUGCCUAACAACACACGGAGGCUAUGCUGUUUGUCUGUGAGCACUGAUGUGGUGAUUUGCAGGUCAAGUUUACAGGUUAAAACUUGACUGAAAAUAAGCAUGAAAUCCAUUCGAUUUUUUUAAGGUCCAUUUGUAGCUUUUUCUAAUACUUUCACUUAAAAGAAAAAUGGGGGUUUGGGGGUGAAAAGUCACAUUUUUACAUAUCAGCAGAGUUUCGGCAACUCUGCACUCACUGCAUUUCAUUUGAAACCAGGUACCACCUACACAUUGAAAUUCAGUGCUUCAGAUUCUCUGUAAGUUAUUUGUAACCUAGUAAUCUUGUGUGAGAACCCUUCUAGACCCGUAAAAACACAGAACAUGGGUGUCUGAAUGUACUUGCUGAUGGCACAGGAACGAUUAAGAAGGUGCUUAAUGUUGCUAAAACCUCAUGGCAGCUAUAACUUGCAUACAUGUAUUCGGAUAGUAAGUAGGAAAAACAAUUGUAACGAUGCAAUGACCAUAUAAAAAACUCAUUUUUGAUCUUAACUUGUUGGCCUUAUAGCC